CUUUGUCUAGAUUUCUUGGCAUUUUCGCAACCUGACAUUUGCAUCCAUUGAAGUUGCACCGCACUUGAUCUUGGACCAUCAUCUAUCAAAGAAUACAUUGAGGCAGUAGGUUUUGGUCACUUGUAUAAUCGGCUCCUGGGGAUUUUACUUUUUUGACUGACCCCACAAACCAGCAGUGCAGCAGCCAAGUAUUUAAUAUACAAAUUAACAAUUAAGAGAUGUCUCACAACCGUCGUUACGAAAGGUCCGAGGUGGAAGCAGCUAUGAAGAAAAUGCCAACUUUUUCCCAUGACCACAUUGACCUCGUCGACAUGGACGCCUUCGUCCAAGAAAUCGGCUACAGCUACACGACCGAGCAGAGGGAUGCCUACAUAACAUUUUUUCGCGAUUCUCACGACAGCAAAAUACUCGUGGAAGUUCUCGUCGCUGCCUUGGGUGCUAUUGACGACUCAAAAGAACUCAUGCGAAUCCACGUGACAGCCCUGGACAAGGACAAGGACGGAUUCAUCGAUGAAUCCGAGUUCAAAUCCAUCAUCCCAUUUUUGCUCAGCCACGAUCCAUCCUUUCCAAAAGUAAAGUUUGACAAAUUUGUGGAGGAAGCGGAUACAAAUAAGGAUGGGAAAGUUAGCAUUGGCGAGGCUGUCGAAUGGUUUAGCAAAAAUGCGAAAAAAUGAAUAAACAUUAAUUUAUAAAUGAUACAUACGAAUUCGUUUAUUCUAAACAUUUUAGACAAUUAAGAACUUCAAAAUUUAUUAGCAAUUGACAGUUUUUAAAUUCCAACCUGGAUCAUAACUAAAUAUGUAAAUGUAUUAAAUGCGUAAAGUAAAUACGAAAAGUGUAUUAAAGAUAAUAAAAAUGUCAACUACAAUUCACUUUAAGUUAUCUGAUACAAAUUUGUAAGUUGAAAAAUGCAUUUACAAUGAGCAUGCCAGAAGCACAAAAGCCGAUAAUAAUGGUGGUCAAUAAUAUUUAAUGUACUAAAAUUUAAUAUUAUGUAUUACCCGGACUGGGUUAUAAUUUUACAUACAUAGGCAUAUUGGAAUAUUAAUAAAUGAAUAAAUUAAAAUACUGUACAUACGUAAAUAGAAUUACCACUUCAAGAUGUAAUAAUAUCUAAUGGUGGUAAAAUGAUAAUAAAUAA